GGCGCGUGCGCAGAGGGCGGCGGGCGGGUGGGCUGGCGACGGUGGACGCGUCGGAGCCGCGGGCGGUCAGCAGGAUCUGAUCUUCUGGAGCAUGAAUACUAAGCUCUUCAGUCCUGGGCUGUGCUAGCAGGACCCUUCAAAGGAACAGCAAUGGCCGCAGCAGCAGCGUCUCACCUGAACCUGGAUGCCCUGCGGGAAGUGCUGGAAUGCCCCAUCUGCAUGGAGUCCUUCUCAGAGGAGCAGCUGCGGCCCAAGCUCCUGCACUGUGGCCAUACCAUCUGCCGCCAGUGCCUGGAGAAGCUACUGGCCAGUAGCAUCAACGGUGUCCGCUGUCCCUUUUGCAGCAAGAUUACCCGCAUAACCAGCCUGACCCAGCUGACAGACAACCUGACAGUGCUGAAGAUCAUCGACACAGCGGGGCUCAGUGAGGCUGUGGGGCUGCUCAUGUGCCGGUCCUGUGGGCGGCGGCUGCCCCGGCAGUUCUGCCGGAGCUGUGGCGUGGUGUUAUGUGAGCCCUGCCGGGAGGCGGACCACCAGCCUCCGGGCCACUGUACGCUCCCUGUGAAAGAGGCAGCUGAGGAGCGGCGUCGAGACUUUGGUGAGAAGUUGGCCCGUCUGCGGGAGCUUACGGGGGAGCUGCAGCGGCGGAAGGUGGCCUUGGAAGGUGUCUCCAAGGACCUUCAGGCAAGGUAUAAAGCAGUUCUCCAGGAGUAUGGGCACGAGGAGCGCAGGGUCCAGGAAGAGCUAGCUCGCUCCCGGAAGUUCUUCACAGGCUCCUUGGCUGAGGUUGAGAAGUCCAACAGUCAGGUGAUAGAGGAGCAGAGUUACCUGCUUAACAUUGCAGAGGUGCAGGCUGUGUCUCGCUGUGACUACUUCCUGGCCAAGAUCAAGCAGGCAGACGUAGCACUACUGGAGGAGACAGCUGAUGAGGAGGAGCCAGAGCUGACUGCCAGCCUGCCCCGGGAGCUGACCCUGCAGGAUGUGGAGCUCCUUAAGGUCGGCCACGUGGGCCCUCUCCAAAUCGGGCAGGCUGCUAAGAAGCCCCGGACAGUCAACAUGGAAGAUUCCUGGGCCGUGGAGGCUGCAGCCUCUGCUGCCUCUACCUCUGUUACAUUUAAAGAGAUGGACUUGAGCCCCGAGGAAGUGGUUUCCAGCCCUAGGGCCUCGCCUGCUAAGCAGCGGGGUUCCGAGACAGCCACCAAUAUCCAACAGUGUCUCUUUCUCAAGAAGAUGGGGGCCAAAGGCAGCACUCCAGGCAUGUUCAACCUUCCGGUCAGUCUCUACGUGACCAGUCAAGGUGAGGUGCUGGUUGCCGACCGCGGCAACUACCGUAUACAAGUCUUUACCCGCAAAGGCUUUUUGAAGGAGAUCCGCCGCAGCCCCAGUGGCAUUGAUAGCUUUGUGCUGAGUUUCCUUGGGGCUGAUUUGCCCAAUCUCACUCCUCUCUCAGUGGCCAUGAACUGCCAUGGGCUGAUUGGUGUGACUGACAGCUAUGACAACUCCCUCAAGGUGUACACCUUGGAUGGCCACUGUGUGGCAUGUCACAGGAGCCAGCUGAGCAAACCCUGGGGCAUCACAGCCCUUCCAUCUGGCCAGUUCGUGGUAACUGACGUGGAAGGUGGAAAGCUCUGGUGCUUCACUGUUGACCGAGGAGCAGGGGUGGUCAAAUACAGCUGCCUCUGCAGUGCCGUGCGGCCCAAGUUUGUCACCUGUGAUGCUGAGGGCACCGUCUACUUCACCCAGGGCUUGGGCCUCAAUUUGGAGAAUCGGCAGAAUGAGCACCACCUGGAGGGUGGCUUCUCCAUUGGCUCUGUGGGCCCCGAUGGGCAGCUGGGUCGCCAGAUUAGCCACUUCUUCUCAGAGAAUGAGGAUUUCCGCUGCAUUGCUGGCAUGUGUGUGGAUGCUCGUGGUGAUCUCAUCGUGGCUGACAGUAGUCGCAAGGAAAUUCUCCACUUUCCUAAGGGUGGGGGCUAUAGUGUCCUUAUUCGAGAGGGGCUCACCUGUCCAGUGGGCAUUGCCCUCACUCCUAAAGGGCAGCUGCUGGUCUUGGACUGUUGGGAUCAUUGCAUCAAGAUUUAUAGCUACCAUCUGAGAAGAUACUCCACCCCUUAGGGGGUCAGAAAUAUCAAUUUCUCCUGUUCCCCAGCCAACUUCUCUUCCCUUAUUCAUUGGUUGUUGGUGGUACCAUAGAGUACACCCAGCCUGUGUCCUGAUUCCAGCUGGCUAGUCUUAGAAUUUUAGAAGCUCUUUUAGUUUUUUUAUUUGCAUUAUUUUUCCCCCUAAAUAUAGAGCUUUAACAGAUGCAUUGCCCCAAAUAGGACACAUAAUGGGGUUAGCUGAAGUUUAAUUAGAACUUAGGCACUUCCAAGGCUUCAGUAGAGAGCCUUUUGCCCUUGUAUUUGAAAUUUGCCCUUGUAGUGAAUCUUUGUUGAUUUUCCUCUCUUUUGGCUUUAAUGACCCUGGUCCAUUAUUUCCUUCCUAUUACAAUGUGCUUCAUCUGUGACACUUUCUCUUCAACUCUGCUGCAUUCAGUGUGCAUGCUCCAGUGGGAUCUGCUCCACCUGUCAGUGACAUUUCAGACAUCAUAUCCUUGUGGCGUGAUGUCUCAGGUCUGGUCACCUUUACCAGUGUGAAAGCUCAUUCAUUUAGCACCACCAAGAGAGAUUACAGUCCCUUUGAUCACUUUGAGAUUACAGGACGUCUCGGCUCUGGGGGUUUUGUGUCAUCUUGGAUUGGUCUCUAAGUGCAGAUGUGACAGAGGAUGGUUUGACCCUACUUGGUUGGUGUUGAAGACUUUAGCCUGGGUAUUGCUUGCCUUUCAAAGGAACAUAUGGAUUGAAAUUAUCCCAAAGCAUAGGAAGAUGAGAAUAAACAAACAGAAAUGCUAAUACAGUCAGCGAACACUCUUGGACAGUCUCUAGGCUCCUCAUUUUUCCUACUCUCUCUCUCCACUGACCUGUGUGAAGAGUUGUCUGCAGAAUUGUACAACACAGGCCAGGGCCAACAAAGUGGGGAGGUGGGCACAUCUCAUUUUCAUUACUAAAACAGAAAACUGUUGGAUCCUUAUUCUGUAUUUUCCUCAAGUGAGUGCAUAACAUUUGGUUCUGGGAUUUAUUUCCAUUCCUCUAUCAAGCAUUAAAUAAUUGAUAACUGUUUCUUCAUCACUGGUGUUCACGUCUUUUAAUUAAAUAAGGGAUUUGGGAGGUGAGGAGAGGGAUAAGUUGUACAAUGCUGUUUUGCUUCCAUAUCUGACACUGCAUUCCUUGAGAGCAUUAAGGAUCCACCCAGGUCAAAAUUCAGCCAAAAGCACCAUUAUGUAAAGAUAAUCCAAAUCUUACUCCCACAUACAUAUGUAGAGUCAGUCCCCAAGGUCUAGAGUCACUAACACCCUCUUCUAAAUUGAGCCCCCACUAUCUGCUUUAUCCUUAUGAUUACAGUUCAAAAAAGGAAGACACUUUGUGCUUUUAAGACCAGAAGUGGUUGAGGGAAUUUGUGACAAGGUUCCUCGGGCUUUGGUGUUUAGCAAGCAACAUAUCUUGUUCUUUAGGUGCAGGGCUCAAGGCAAGCCAAAAAUCUAUUACCUUGCUUUCAUGGAAGCAAAGUUUGCUAAGCUGAGCCACUCAAAAUUGUUUUUUUGGUAGUGGUGUUUUUUUUGCCUUCUGUUGUGAAAGCUGCCAAAGGAUAGGAAAGAAAAUAAUAAAGUGAUGUUAAGCUAG